AUGCGAUGCGCGAGCAAGGCCGCCGAGAGCGCGUCCGCACGUCUCUGUGCGGACGCCGAAGCAGAAACCACAGCAACUGAUGUCUCAUCGGUUGCUGAAGCGACUCAGCCUGUGUCACUUGGUGAUACAGGCGCUGGUCAUGAAGACACUCAUGUCUUCACAGAGUAUGAGCUCGGUGUCUCAUACUCUCCUGAUACGGAAGACGGAUCCGUAUCGACGGCGAUCGAAUCAAAGCCGCCUGCCAAGCGUGGCAUGGAUGAUGCUAUGCGUCGUAGCAUCUUUGGUUCAUCUGACGAAUCAGAUGAACCAUCGCUGAAGCGAAGGCGCUCGAGGUCGCAAGAUUGGGCGCUCACAGUGGUGUCGGUUCUCCUAUUGACACCACUUCGCAGCGAGGUGCCAGUACUUCUGUCGGCACGUUGCAAGAAGAGCGGGACCGCAGAUCCAUCACCUUGA